AUGAACACAUCAAUGACUGCUUCUUUUCUAGUUUUGUUGUUGGCUUUUCCUUGUGUAUUUGCAACUGAUUACACUGUUGGUGAUGCUAACCAAUGGACUCAAGGUGUUGAUUACACCACAUGGACUUCUGGAAAAACUUUCAAAGUUGGUGAUAAUUUAGUGUUCAAAUAUGGAGGAACUCACCAAGUGAAUGAAGUUGAUGAGAGUGAUUACAAAAGUUGCAGUUCAAGCAACACCAUAAAGAAUUACAACGAUGGAGAUUCAAAGGUUCCAUUAACAAAAGCAGGAAAAUUUUACUUCAUAUGUCCAACAACAGGCCAUUGUACUGCUGGAAUGAAGCUUGAAGUCGAUGUUGUUGCUGCUAGCACCACCCCAACUCCAAGUGGCACCCCUCCAACAACAAAUACUCCUACUCCAUCAACAACACCAUCAACCACUCCGUCAACUCCAUCUUCUGAGACUAACUCAACUUCUCCAUCACCACCAAAGGAUAGUGGAGCUGUCACUGUUUCCUACGGUGUUGGUAUUUUGAUGGGUUCUUUGUUUUUGGUUUUGGGUUUCAUGGGCUAG